UUUUUGUGCCCUGCCGCAUAUAGCAGGUGCAGCCUCAGCAGCAUCAGCUCGAGUCAUGCGCCGGUGGUGUCGAUAAACCUCUACCUUGUGUCGCGUUCCACACGAUGUCAUCGUGAACAAACACUGCAAGUACCUAGCAGCAAACGCUGCAUUGUGGCCCGCUUCUUAGGCGGGUGCGUGGCUCGAAUGCCACCGGAUACCCCCCAACCGCAAUGACAACACUACUACGAACUCGCUUUCACGCUGCUCUAUUACCGCUCCUUUGUGUGAAAGCAAUGCCAGUGAACCGGCUGGAGCAGGGGCCAUAAUCGUAUAUUUGCGCUGAGCUUGGCAAGCCCUGGGUUCAACUUCGGUUCACUUCGGCGCUAGCCCAGCCCGCCGGCCUGCUACUGGCGGAGUACGCUGCACAGAAGCAAACUCGAUGUGCAGCGCGGCUUAACUCUAUUCAACGUGACACAGCACAACUUCAACUUCGCCACGUAGACGGCCACGGCAGUCUUUCAAUUAUUCCCUUCGACGUUCCUUCGCUGUCCCGGGUGGAGGCUAGCAUCGCUCCUAUACAUACGAGGCUCUGGCUGGAGCUGCAUGUAAGAGCUGACGCCUCCGCGCAAGGCAUCUUCCCAGCGCGGACCCGCCAGCUUGAGUCUUCAACCUGCAACCAUGCGCAGCCAGAAAGACGGGCUCCUCGCGCUACUGUCCGCUUGCGAUACAAUUGAGGCAGACCGGCGCUUGCACGACUGCGGCGUCAAGCGCAGCCGGGUCACGGAGCUCGAAGAUGCGCAGGUGUUGCAGUUUCCAGCGCCCUGUGGGCCACAGGGAUGUGAGCUAACAGGCGGCGCUGCGGCUGACGGCGGUGGCGACGACGACUGCCACUUGCUGCUGCCGCCGCGCAGUAAGCGCGCCUCAACCGGCGGCGCGCCAGCACAGCCGGCCACACACGCCUGUGCCGCGGCAUUACAACAACAAACAGCAACAGCAGCAUUCUUCCAGAAGCCGCAACCGCCGCUGGCGGCUCUUUCCGAGGUGCCCACGCCGCCGCUCUUCAGGGAGGGCGGCUCCCUGGCGUCUGCCGCCACCGCCGCGCACGCUCCGCACGUGGCUGGCAGCGCCGCUGCUGCCCUCGGCAGCGCCCAGCAGCUGCCCGGCCUGCCCGGCCUGCCUGCCAUCAUCACCUCCCGCCGCACGUCCGUCGACAUGGUUGCCCUCAGCACUGCGGCCGCCGCCUGCCAUGGCUACGCCCUCGCCAGCGGCAGCCACGGCGGCGGCUAUCAUCACCUCGGUGGUGGUGGUGGCGGCGGCGGCUCCGCAAUGGCAUCGCUGCUCAACACGGGCAGCAGCCAGCCGGCCACGCCCGCGCGCGAGACGCCCACGGCCGAGCUGGCGGCGGCUGCGUUCGGCGCCCCCGGUACCGGCAUCGGCUCGGGCGCGGCGGCGUUCGUGCUGGACACGGCGCUGGCGCCCCAGGCUGCUGGAUCCAUGCCGGUGCGGCGCACCGGCAGCGGCAGCACCAGCGGUUCCGCCGCUGUACACAUGAAGCUGGGUCGCAGCAGCGUCGGCGGAAUGCUGCAGCACCACCACCACCACGAGCAGCAGCAGCAGCAAGACCACCAAGCGGACGCCAAGCAGCCGCACAAGCUGCAGUACAAGCUGCAGGAGCAACAGGCACAGCAUCAACAGCUGCACACGUAUGCCUCGCUGCUGCCCCCGCCGCCGCCGCCACACGUCGCGGCCCUGGCUCUGGCGUCUCCGGCUUCGGCCAAACAUGUGCCGGCGGCAGCCGCUGCCCCCACGGCCGCCGAUACUGGCGACUGCAGGGUUGGCAGUAGCAGCGCCAAGGCUGGAGAGUCAGCUGCUACAUCCGGCGGCUGCCUGCUGGCACCUGCCACCCCGCCGUACUCGCCUUCUGGCGGCGCUACUGCUGCUGCUACUGCGGCCGCGGCAGCGGACGCGCCGGCGCCUGGCGCCUGCAGCUGCACCCAGCCGUGCAGUGGCCGCGGGGGCUGCUGCUCGGCGGCGGCCGUACUGGCGUCUCCGGCUCGUGGCCCGGAUGCCAUGGAGCUGACGAACUCGGCCUGUUCGCCGGGCGGUGCUGGCGCUGAACUGCCGUCGCCUGCGCGCCGCUGCUUCCGCCGCAGCACUGGUGGCGCGCCGCCAGGUGAGGAGGCGGCGGCGCUGAUGCCUCCGCCGCCCUCGCCGCCGCAGCGGCAGGUGCAGGUGCGGCAGCCCGAUCAGGCGGUGGCGAUGGAUCUGGGAGCUAGGAAGGGGCAGUCGCAGCCGCAGCAGCACGGCGAUGCCACGUGCGACAAUACGCCCUGCGCCAUGCGUGCCGCCGCCGCCGCCGCCGCUGCUACUGCUACUGCUACUGCUGCUGCCUCGUAUACGGACACGGCAUCAAAAGCGGCGGCGCCGCCGCCGCAGGCGUCCUCUUACCCGGCCGUGGCCGUGCUGCCGCCGCCGGUGUCGGUCGACGCGCUGCUGUGGGGCUGGGGGGGUGCACAGCCAGCGGCGGCGGGUGCCGGCGGCCCUGUCCGGCGCCACUCGGGCGGCGGCAGUGCGGCCGCGAUGGCGCUGGCGCAGCAGCCGCUGCAGCGGCACCAGCAGCCGCAAGCGCAGGCGCACAGCGGGGUGCUGGUUGUCGAGGGCCGUGUCGUGCGCACGACCAGCCUGCCCGCGGGUGUGAUCGCGCAGCACGCCGCAGCCGCGGCGGCCGCAGCCGCGGCAGCCGCUGGCCCUGGUGGUGGUGCUGCUGCUGCAGGCGAAGCCAUAUUGCAUGGCGCCGCCGCGGCCGCCACGGCGGCACCCUGCAUGCGGCACGGUCGCGCGCCGCUGCCGCCACACGGCUACCCACCUGCCGGCGGGCACGUCGCCUACGGCGCUUACCCCUACGGCGGCCACCCGCACCCCUACGCCUACCCGUACCCGUACCCCCACCCCCACCCCCAUGCCUACCACCACCACCCCUACGCGCACCCGUACGCGCACCCAGUGCACUCGCACUGUGCGCACCCGUACGCCUACCCCUACCCGUACCAGCCCCAGCCUCAGCCCCAGGCCUCUGCCCCGUCCAGCCGCCCCAGCCAGCCGUGCUCGCCCUCUGCUGAGGCCGGGCCAUCGCACCACUCGCAAGACCCGGCCCAAGACACGGCCCAGGCCCAGUCGCGGCACGCGUCUGCGCGGGGCGAUGGGGCGGCCUCCAAGCACGCGCCUCCAACCGCGCCGCCGGCAGGCUACCCCUACCCAUACCCGAGCCCCUACCCCUACCCGCACCCGCACCCGCUGGCCCACUGCCCUCCGGGCGCGGCGGGCCCCCCCGGCGGCUACGUGCUGCGCCGCCGCUGGACUGUGGCCUCACCGGCGGCGGAGGCGGAGGCAGCGGGCGCCGAGGCGGCGGCUGCAGCGGCGGCUGCCUCGCGGUCUCAGGCGGCAGGCCGCGUGCGUGCGGCGCCAGGGGCUGAGCCGCUGCCGCAGCCGCUGCCGCAUCAGGCACUGCCCUGGCACCUGCACCACCACCAGCAGCAGCACCCGGGUGGCCUGCUGCCGGCGGCGCCAGCGCACUGGCCGCAGCCGAUGCAGGCCAUGCAGCCGCGCCAGCCGCAUCAGGACGUGGCUCCUGGUGAUGCCACCGCCGCCGCCUCUGUCGCCGCCGCCGCGCCCACCCGUGUUGCGUCCUCUGCCGCAGAGGUGGCCCAGCGCACCGCCGCCGCGCGCAUGCGCCGCUACAGCUACUGCCCUGCCGGCGGCGUCAGCACCGGUGGUGGCCCCACCGGGGCCGCGCCGCCGCUGCCUCUGCAGCCGCAGCAUCUGAGUACCCAGCCGCAGCCGGCGGCGCCCAACAGCGCUGUAACUGCCCAAGCGGUCCGCCCCCGCAGCAGCAGCGAUGGAAGUGGCCGCAUGGACGGUGGCAUCAGUGAUGGCGGCAGCAGUGGCGCCAGCUGCGGGAUGGCUGCAUUCCGUGCCGCCUCGGGCCGCGCGGCCAUUCGGGAUGCGUUGCUGGUUGCGUCGCUGGCGGCUGUGGCGAGCAAGCGCGGCCUUGUGCCGCCCGCCCCUCGAGCUGACGCGGACGGUGCCGGGCAGCCGCAGCAGCCCCAGCAGCCCCAGCAGGAGCAGGCUGCGGCUGCAAGCAACGCCAACGGCCAGUCGGCGGUGACGCUGCGGCGGCUGCUGGAGGCUGCGGCGGCCGCCUCUGCGGCGGGCAGCGGCGCGAGUACAUCCGCAGGUGGCGACGGCAGCGCCGCAGCCAGGGGCCGCGGAGAGCAGCGCAUGUGUGAGCUGGUGGCGGCCGCGGCGGCUGCAGAGGCGGCGGCGACAAGGGGCUCUGGUGACCACGCCGGCGGCGGCUGCAAUGGCACCAGCGGCGGGCGCACCGGCGGUGGGCUGGCGGGCAUGCUUGCGCGCCUGAACGAACUGCGGCUGCGGCUGUGAGCUGAGGGCUGCGAGCUGUGAGGCACGAGUGGGCGGCGGCUUUCCAUGGCGCUUUGGGCGCAGCUGCCUAUGCAAGUGGAAUGCGCUCGCGUUGACUCGUGCUUAUGUAUGACGGGGCUCCAGGCCUCGGGACAGGCUUUUAAACAAGUGAGGUGUGGGUUCAUAGGGUUGCGCGCCGCUGAGGCACGUGUGGCUGGAUUCCGUGUUCCCUUUCCCUGCCCGCGUUCAGGCUGUGUUGCUGUGUGAGCACGUGUGCUUAAGAUUGUGGGGGCGGUGACAGCGGGAGCGCAAGGUGUGCGUGGCUCGUAAUUCCCUAAGGCGCUGUUGCUGCCACAUUGUGUCUUCAUGCGUGAUGCGUAGAAUGUACGAGUUAAGCUUGCGCCGCGCAGGCCUGCAUUUGUGAGGGUGCCCUGAGGCACUAGCAUUUCAUCCUUACUUAAGUGAAUGACUGCAUUUCUGAAGUAGCAAGAGCUUUGUAUGAAGCAGACGAGAGACAAAGAGAAAGUGAAUGGCCGCGGGGUCGAGGUCAAGGGAAGAUGCCAGAGGGUGGAAAUGACUGACCGAGGAGAGGGUAUGUAGGUUCAAGGCGCUCGUUUCUGGAAGGCAAAGCCAUGGGAUGGAGGCGCAGUCUGAGGUGUUCCUUGCAGCGUCUCCCGCGGGUGGUGAGAGUGGCGUUACAGCACCGUUGAUUUGACUUGUCUCCCGCCGUGAUGGCUGGAAUUACGUGUACAAGGCGCAUGCACCGACUUCUGAAGUUGCAAGACUUUUGCACUUGGCCUGGCUCAAGUGCCCUAACUAACUGCAGGAGUGCGCAGGUUUUAAUAUAGCUGGCUGGCGCCCGCAGGUGUGCUGUUCCAGCGACUUUUCGCAAUUCAGACGCAAGCAUGGGAAGAAAUGUUGUCAUUCGAGAGGCUGCUAAGUUUCAAGGGCCGGGCAGAACUUUUUGUGAUGGGCUGAAUGGGCGUCUAUAUGGGGGCGAGGCAAGGCGCGCGCAGGGCCGUGUGUUGGAGGGGCGGCACGCGGCAAAGGCUGAGGUGGCGCUUGACAUGGCCAGUGCUCGGUUUGCAGUGUGUUUUGUGUGUGUGUGUGUGUGUGUGUGUGUGUGUGUGUGUGUGUGUGUGUGUGUGUGUGUGCGUGUGUGUGUGUGUGUGUGUGUGUGCGUGUGUAUAUGUGUGCGUGCGUGUGCGUGUGCGUGUGUGGUAGCGCCGGAGGCGUUGUGCGAAUGGUGCUGCUGCGCUAGUGCUGGAAACUCCCCCUAGUAAUUUCUUAUUACCGCAGUGCGUCAUGCCAAGAAGCGUAUCUUGGCAUACGCCGUGGUGUGUACCCUUAACUCUCUGCAAGCAGUAAUUUGUGUGUCCCACUAUGCCAGCGAUUACAGCGGGGACGUAAUUUUCGUAACUACGAAGGCGCUGGGCGUCGCGUGCAGCUGAUAAGGGGGAGGCGGGCGUUGGAGGUCCCGCGGGUGUGAGGCGGUGGAAAGGCAGGCGUGUGCGCCGAGAUGAAUGGCUUGGGCGUCCCCAUGGUACAACACAUUAAGGUGCCGCACUCGGCGUUCGCAUUCCUCCGCAGGGUGUGCCGUACAUAAGUGGGUGAGGCCGUGUCACCUGCACAUGGUCGCGUCAUUCGCUCCGGGGGCCCUAAUUGGUUGUGUGUGGGGCGCUAGGUGCCAAGGCUGUGGCGACUGCUUCUGAACGAUUAGGCCGUGCGGGUGGGGCGAGUGCCUGCGUGCCUUCGUUAAACUGCUGCCGGGCGGCGUUUACAUGGUUGGCGAGCAGGCGCAGGCACGGCAGUGAGCUUCGCUCUGCUUCGCUGCAUAGCGCGCGGUGUUAACUGUGCUGGCCAGGUGGGCGUGCUGCAAAGCUCGCCUGGGGAAAGUGAAUUCUUUAUAAGUGGCGUUGAGGCGCCGUGUAACGAGUAUUGCAA